UGCUGCCCUUAGCGCACCGCCUGCUGUUGCGGAGCUUUCGUCGCAUUGAGCGUGAAGCGCGUGGCGAGCUUUUCGCUUUUCUGUGUGUUUUUGCACAGCUCACAAACGCAUAGUUGCUCGGCGCCUUCGCAAGCGCCGUUACAGGCCAAAACAAAGUGCUCGCUUCAAGCAUACGCUCGUGCGCUCGUUCGUAUUUUAAUUGCCUGCGACUUGGUGCUGAGUGUCGCGCUGAACGAAGGUUCAGUCUCUCAGCGUCGGCGGCCGUAUGCGCAGCAGCAGCAGCAGCGCGCAAAAAACGGAAUCGAAAACUUCUAGUUUCUGUCUGAUACACACAGUUAAGACAGGCAGUUAAUUCGAGAAAGUGAUGGAAAAGUGGCAAAUAAAAUGCAGGAAAUGUGGCAAAAUUGAAAUCGCAUAACUUAUAAGUUGUGCAAAGUAAUUUUCAAGCGGUAAACGUGCGAAUUUGUGUGGCGAAAAUGCAAAGUUUUGUGUAAAAUUUCAAUUUACUUCAGCAGUUGCGGCGUUUAUGAGCUUUACAUCACACUUCGGCAAUAAGACGGAGACACGCAAGCAAUUGAAUUAAUAAAAGUGCAGCUAAUUGAAGUGAAACAUAGUAGCGGCGACAAGUGAGUAAGUGAGUAAUAAAUAAGUGGCUGAUAAGCAAAGAAAAAUAAAUAAAUAAAAUCCCACCAAAGAAUGAAAUAAUUAAAAGUAAAAGUUGUAAGAAACGUGGAAAUUUUGAAAAUCGCUUGAAAUUGUUAACAGUGAAGUUUGCAUAAAGUUGACAAAUAUUUAGCAAAAUUUAAAAAUUUGCAUUAUAACAAAAAAUACUAAAAAUUAUAGCAAAAAAAAUUAUUUAAAAAAAUUAAUAUUAAUUAAUAAUAAUUAAACAUAAUUAAUAAAAUAAAAAAAAAUUGUGCUUCAAAACUAAUUUUACUAAGCCGCCUGUGUACUUUUGACGUAUGCAUUCGUAACGCCGAAUCAACCUGUUUCAUUGUUGUUGUUUGGUUGGUAAUUUGCAGUGCCUACGGCUGCACCGACAGCUGAUGAUGACAACCACCACCACAACAAUAUAAAUGAAAUUUAAUUGCCAUUAAAAAAAUGAAGAAGACGAAAAAUUAACAAGGCAAGGCGGUGAUAAAGUAGUGUAAAGAAGAGUCUAAGGUUAAUGGUAAAAUUUACCAUAUAUGUAGUGAAGAAAAUUAAAUAAAACUACAAGAAGAUACAGGAACUGACGCAUUUCGGCGUAGAUAAGCAGCGCCUCGCAUGCUUCACGGAAUUCAAUAAUUUAAUUAAGAUUUUAACCAAGGAUCUCAAUCAUUCCAUAUACAUAAACAAAUCACAUAACUCUCAGCAGAUCGAAUUUCGCAAUCUCAAAUAUAUAAACAGAUUCACCGAAAAUGUAAUUUUUAACCUACAAAUCUUCAAAAUAUCUCAAAAGAAGAGUCACAAAAACAAAAAUGAUAAUCUAGUCGCAAAAGUCAAGCAGGAACUUGUUUCCUGUUGCAAAGCUUAAGGAAAAAGGCGUUUGAAAAACAAACACAUAACGGCAAAUUGUAGUUGUAAAUAAAUAUUUAAACAAAUAUAACUCGCUUAAUAGUUACUGUUAGUUGAGCGGAAAGACGUCGACCAUUCAAAAUGACGAAAAAGUACGAAUUCGAUUGGAUAAUUCCGGUGCCGGAGGAGUUAACCACCGGUUGCGUGUUCGAUCGCUGGUUCGAAAAUGAGAAGGAAACAAAGGAGAAUGACUUCGAGAAGGACGCUAUGUUCAAAGUGGACGAAUAUGGAUUCUUUUUGUAUUGGAAAAGCGAUGGCAGGGAAGGUGACGUCAUCGAAUUGUGUCAAGUUAGUGAUAUAAGAGCGGGUGGUGUGCCGAAGGACCCGAAAAUUCUCGACAAAGUGACAAAAAAGAAUGGCACCGAUAUGGUGGCCUUGGAUAAACGUUCACUGACAAUAUGUUCGAAUACAGAUUAUAUAAACAUAACAUAUCAUCAUGUUAUUUGUCCGGAUGCAGCAACGGCAAAGCGCUGGCAAGAGGGCUUACGUUAUAUAACACAUAAUAAUAAGGCAACCAAUGUGUGCCCGAGAACUAAUUUAAUGAAGCAUUGGAUGCGUUUAUGUUUUUCGGUGGAAAAAGGUGGCAAAAUACCCAUUAAAGUGGUAGCGAAAACUUUUGCGUCCGGCAAAACGGAAAAGCUGGUGUAUCAAUGCUUUAAGGAUGUCGGACUACCGGACGAUAAGAGUGCCACCAUGACGAAGGAAGAGUUCACAUUCGAUAAGUUUUAUGCGCUGUACCACAAGGUGUGCCCACGCAAUGACAUCGAAGAGCUUUUCACUUCCAUCACUAAGGGUAAAUCGGAAGUCAUUUCGAUGGCACAGUUCGUACAGUUCAUGAAUGAAAAGCAACGUGACCCACGUAUGAAUGAAAUUUUAUAUCCGCUCUAUGAUGAGAAGCGUUGCACGGAGAUUAUCAACGAUUAUGAAUUGAAUGAGGAAAAUAAGAAGGCGGGACAAUUGUCGAUGGAUGGUUUUAAGCGUUAUCUCAUGUCCGAUGAGAAUGCGCCCGUGUUCUUGGAUCGCUUGGAAAUGUAUAUGGAAAUGGAUCAUCCGUUGGCUCAUUACUAUAUCAAUAGCUCGCAUAAUACCUAUCUGUCGGGUCGCCAAAUCGGUGGUAAGAGUUCAGUUGAAAUGUAUCGACAGACGCUACUGGCGGGUUGUAGAUGCGUCGAGUUGGACUGUUGGAAUGGCAAGGGUGAAGACGAGGAGCCCAUCGUUACUCACGGCCACGCCUACUGUACUGAAAUUCUAUUCAAAGAUUGCAUUCAAGCCAUCGCCGAUUGUGCAUUUGUCUCCUCCGACUAUCCUGUUAUAUUAUCCUUUGAGAAUCACUGCAAUCGUGCGCAGCAAUAUAAAUUAGCUAAAUACUGUGAUGACUUCUUUGGUGAAUUAUUACUAAAAGAACCGUUGCCCGAACAUCCGCUCGAUCCUGGUUUGCCACUCCCACCGCCUAAUAAAUUGAAACGGAAAAUACUAAUAAAGAAUAAACGAAUGAAACCGGAAGUCGAAAAGGUCGAAUUGGAGCUUUGGUUAAAGGGUGAACUGAAGACCGAUGACGAUCCGGAGGAAGAUGCGAGCGCCAAACCACCUGAAACGGCGCCACCACCAGAGGCUGCCGCGGCACCACCAGCAGGCGAGCCUGGCGCGGAUGGUGCCGCGCCUGAGGCGGAAGCAGCAGCGGUCAAUUACAGCGGCUCCACGACGAAUGUACACCCCUGGCUGUCAUCGAUGGUUAAUUAUGCGCAGCCCAUUAAAUUCCAGGGCUUCGAUAAGGCUAUCGAGAAGAAUAUCGCUCACAACAUGUCGUCGUUCGCCGAAGCGGCUGGCAUGAACUAUCUUAAACAGAGCUCCAUCGACUUUGUCAAUUAUAACAAACGUCAAAUGUCGCGUAUUUACCCAAAAGGCACACGCGCCGACUCUUCCAACUAUAUGCCACAAGUGUUCUGGAACGCUGGCUGUCAGAUGGUCUCGCUCAAUUUCCAAACCUCCGAUCUGCCUAUGCAAUUGAAUCAGGGUAAAUUCGAAUAUAAUGGUGGCUGUGGCUACUUGCUCAAGCCGGAUUUUAUGCGCCGCUCAGACAAGGAUUUCGAUCCGUUUGCCGAUGCGCCCGUGGACGGUGUCAUCGCCGCGCAGUGCUCCGUGAAAAUUAUAGCCGGUCAAUUCUUGUCCGAUAAAAAAGUCGGCACCUACGUCGAAGUCGACAUGUUCGGUCUGCCCUCGGACACAGUAAAGAAAGAGUUUCGUACACGUUUGGUGCCUAACAACGGUUUGAAUCCCGUAUACAAUGAGGAUCCGUUUGUCUUUCGUAAAGUGGUGUUGCCCGAUUUGGCUGUGUUACGUUUCGGCGUCUAUGAGGAGAGCGGUAAAAUGAUCGGACAGCGUAUAUUACCGUUAGACGGUCUACAGGCCGGUUAUCGUCACGUAUCACUACGUACCGAAGCGAACUUCCCAAUGUCGUUGCCUAUGCUUUUCGUCAACAUCGAAUUAAAGAUUUAUGUACCUGAUGGCUUUGAAGAUUUCAUGGCCAUGCUGUCGGAUCCGAGAGGAUUUGCGGGCGCUGCAGCAAAACAAAAUGAACAAAUGAAAGCGCUGGGCAUUGAAGAACAGAGCGGCGGUGCGGCACGUGAUGCGGGCAAAGCCAAGGAGGAGGAGAAGAAAGAACCACCACUGGUAUUCGAGCCAGUCACGUUAGAAUCACUGCGUGGUGAGAAGGGCUUCCAAAAGGUGGCCAAAAAGCAAAACAAAGAGCUAGAUACGCUUAAAAAGAAACACACCAAGGAGCGCAUGACCAUGCAGAAGAAUCAGAAUGCGGCUAUCGAUCGCCUAAUCAAGGGCAAGAGCAAAGAUGAAAUACGCAACGACACCACGAUCAAGAAUGCAAUCACCGAACAGACGCAACAGUGGACCGAAAUGAUUGCCAAACAUAAGAAAGAGGAAUGGGACAUGUUGCGGCAGCAUGUACAGGACUCGCAAGAAGCAAUGAAGGCUUUAAUGCUGACCGUGCAGGCGCAACAGGUGAAGCAGCUGGAGGAGCGGCACGCGCGUGAUAUUAAGGAUUUGAAUACCAAGCAAGCCAAAAUGUCGGCUGAUACCGCCAAAGAGGUGCAAAAUGACAAAACAUUGAAGACAAAGAAUGAGAAAGAUCGACGAUUGCGUGAGAAACGACAAAAUAAUAUCAAACGCUUUAUGGAAGAGAAAAAGCAAAUCGGUGUUAAACAGGGACGUGCUAUGGAAAAACUCAAAAUUGCACACGGCAAACAAGUCGAGGAAUUUAGUACUGAUGUGCAAAAGUUACUCGAUAUGUACAAAAUGGAGGAGGAGGCCUACAAAAUACAAGGCAAGUCUGAAUUCUAUGCCUAGAAUGCAACUAUAACAGCAGAGCAGUCGCUUUUAUAAUAUUGGUGUGAACGUGACAUGAAGAUGUGGUGGCAAAAAUUAAACGCUUACAGUGUAAGCCUGUCAUGGAAAUGAAACGGCUGUUGGCAGCACUUAUGCGAAAGUUUUAAAUACAAUCGAAAUAAUAAGUAUUUAAUAUUUAUUUAAUUAUUUAUAGCAAGUAAAAAGUAUAAAUUAAAAAUCAAACCAAAAAACAGAAAACUACAGAUUAGAACGUAAUUCUAUGUAAAACCUUUCAAAGCGAAUAUUGAAGCAAAAUUAUUUAUAAUAAGAUAACGUGAAAUUUCUAUACAUAUAUUUAUGCAAAAAAUGAAGAUAUAUAUUAUAUAUAAAUAUAUAAAAAAUAUAUAAACUAACUUUAGCGUUAACUGAAAGAAAAAUAAGAAUUAUUAGUGAACUAGUGAAAAAUGAAAAUAGGCUUGAAAAAGGCAACAUAACCUUAAAAAAGCAACGUAUCCUUAAAAAGUCAAAAUAAUCUUAAACGAAGCAACAUAACCUUAAAAAACAAAGAAAAUGCGUAAACAACAGCUAAUUACGUAACACUUAAUGUUUCCCCUUUACGUAGUAUUUGCUAGUGAAGUUAUAGAACAAAACAAAAAUAAAAAAUGUACAUAAAAAAACUAAAAUUAAAAGUAACAAUAAAAAAAAAUUAAAAAAUAAUAAAAAUACAAAUGAAAAAAUUAAAAAUUGAAAAUGGAAAUGCAAAUAUUAAAAAAUAGAAUUAAAAAAAAUAUAUAUAAAAAUUAAAACAAAAAAUAUUAAUAAAAACAAAUUUAAAAAAUGUAUUAAAAUAAGAAAAAAACAAUAAAAUUAUAAAAAUAAAAUUAUAAUUUAAAAAAAAAAUAAUGUGAAAACAUUAAUGAAAAAAAAUUAAGAGACAACAUACACUUCAAUAGUUCAUUAAAAAAAAUAAAAAUUAAAAUCAAUACAAAAAUCAGUUUACAACACUUGUUGCAGGCUGAAAACAGCAAAUUUCUAAAAUAAAAUAAAAUUUAAUUCUAAAAAACAUAUUGAACAAUAGCAAAACCGUAAAGAAAUAGCAAGUUGUAAAGACAUUAAUAACUUUACCAAUAAAAAGAACACACAUUUAUAUUGUAAGUAUCAAAAAAAUACCAAAAAACAAAAAAAAAUAUAAAUAAAAUACCAAAAUAUAGACAGUACUCAAUUAUUACCGAGUUAAUAUAACCGUAAAGUGUACUAGUUACAUACAAACUAUACCCAGUAACUUGAGUUUCCGCCUCUCCACCUAUUUACUUAGUAUACCGUUAGUACAUACAUAACCUACAUAUAGACAUUUUGAGAUUUUAGUAUAUAAAAAAAUAUAACUGUAACACCAAAACAUAAAUACCGUAUGCCAAAUUGCGAAAAAACGGAAAAAAGAAAAAUUUGCAACAAAACUGUAAACGAAAACUCGAAAUAUUGUUUAAGUGGGUAUGUGGUGAGUUGAGGUGAAGUUGCAACAGCUGAUUGUCAGCGCGGUGAAAAUAUGACAGAAGAACAAGUUAUGUGAAACUUGAAAACUUUUUUUUUUUAUUAUAAAUUGUUGACUUAAUUGGAGAAUGCAAAAAAAACAGCUGAUAUCACUACAAAGUCAUUAAAAUAUAUUUAUGUUCCUCAAAAGUAUGGUUUUUUAGCGGAAAUCUAUUUUUCAACACAAAAAUCUCGAAUAAAUAUUUUCAAACAGCUGAUAUUUAACAAAGCUAAAAAGUAAAGAAAGCGAAUAAUUUAUAUUCCAGAAAUGUUUUAUAUUAACACAACAAAUUUGUGGUGAAUUGCACGAGGCAUCAAAACAAUUUUCAAGCAGGAUCAAAAAGAUAUACAAAAUGAAAAUUAAAACUGUAAGCGAUAUUACAAAAUUUUUAAUUGCAAAACUUUGCACUUGGAAAAACGGCUGGUUGAGUGCGACUAAGAGGUUAUAAGCACUUGCUAGUCAGGAAAAACGCAAUUUUUAGAGAUUUAUAUAUUUUUGUUUUUUAAGAGGCAUUUUAAUUAAAAAAUAAAAAAGUGUACAUUUAGUGAAUUUUAUGGACUUUAAUUAUCGGUGUUUUAUUCUUAAAAAAGCGGUGAGCGGGUCGCCAAAUACGCUCAUAUCUCCGAAGCUACGUGACGGAUCAACUUCCAAUUAUCGUAGAAUAUUCUCAAAUUUAUGUAAAUUCGAUAUAUACAUAUUUAAACAAAAAAAUCGAUUUUUUGAAAUUCAUUAUGAAUAUUACCCCGUAAGAAAUUCACCACACUUUAAUUAACACGAAUAUUUGAAAUAUACAGUAAUAACAAUUUUUUUUUUUUGAAAUUUUUUGAUUGAAAAACAUUUAAAUUAAAUUUAAAAAAAAAUGUAUCAAUAAUAAUAAGUAAUAAUUUCACUAAGCUUAAAUUAAAAUUUAUUAAAGUUACAAUAUUAUUUUCUUUUUAUGAUUUCCGAUACCUUAUGUUUUGUUUUACAAUAAUUACAUGCAAGUAAAGCUCUCGCGUAAAAUUCACCACAGCAAAAAUAUUAUAAACUAACCGUAAUUUCGCUAGUUUGUUAAUUUUUUCUCAAUAUACCAGCUUUUACUGCAAGCACUCACUUUCUUUUUUACCACUACACUAUUUCGCCGUAGUUGGUAACGCGUGCGCAUCAACACAGUUACCACAUUCUUUUACCGUUACGCUUGCAAAUGUUUAUUAUAUGUGCAUUAAUUUUCAAAACUCUAGCUGAAUUUAUUAUAUAAAUAUAUAGACACUAUAUUAUGGUAGUAAAUGUUUAGUGAACUUAAGUACUACGUAUUUUUAAACUCUCGAAACUUGCGCUGCGUAUGAACUUAUGAAUGGUAAUUUUUAUUAUAUUUAAUUUCACUUAAAUGGAAGCAUAUACUGUAUGCAUUCUAUAGAUUUUCAGGUGAAAUAAUAAGAUAGCAAAAAACACUAAAACUAACAGUAAAUGCGUUAGCUUAAAAAAAUAAAUAAAUAGAAGCCCAUUAGAAGCUACACACAUACAUACUUACAUACUUUAGUUAAACAAUAGUUUUAGUUUCGAGAAGAAAAAAAAAGCUCCCUGACGAAAUGCAAUUAUGAAUUGAAAAGGAUUUAUUUCUUAAUGUUAACACAUUUAUAUGUAUGGAGUGAACGUAGAAAUGCCAUUGACUUACGUAUAUAGAAAGAAAUGAGCAAAAUUGUGUGUUUGAAGAAAAAAGAAAUAAGGCAGUAGAAAAGGAGUAAGAAGUAAGAAAGUAAGAAAGUAAAACAAGCAAAUACUUAAAAAUUUGUAUUAAAUAUUUUAAAAAAAUACAAAUAAAAAAAAUUAUUUCCAAAGUCGCAAACUGUUAGUUUUUAAGUAGCGAAGCAACUGAAACCGAAGCAAAUAUCUGAGAGGAGUAUAAAAUAUGCUGCAUAUUAAUGAAAAGUUUUAGCGUGUAAAAAUUAACUAACUAGUUAUUUAAAAAUGAAAGCAAAUUUAUUUCUACUUUUCUGUGCGCAUUUGUUGAAAACUACCGUUGUUUGCGUAGAAAAAUUUGAUGAUUAAAAUUACAAAAAAGAAACUAUACUCACUACACACUAAAUAUACGAUUAUUUGUAAAAAUAAAAAAUUAUUAAAAAAAAAAAUAACGAAACAGAAUUUGAGGAGUAAAGCUAAACGUGUAUGAAAAGUUGAGAAAAUGUUGAAAAGAUUUCGCGUUGCCAACAUUUAUUAACGUCCCUAUCUAUGUAAAAA